AUGAGUGAGGAAGUUAUUGAUACCCUUUCCGCCUCACUGGGAACUCGGAAGCCUGAGCCUGAGCUGGACCUGAGUUCUCUGAAGGAAGUCAGUGAGGCAAAAGCCAGAGAAGAGAAGCUAAAGAAGUGUGGUGAAGAUGAUGAAACGAUCCCACCUGAGUUCAGAUUAAAACCAGACAAGGAUGGAAAACUACCAUUGCCUGAGCCUGGAGAAAAACCAAAGCUCCUGAGUGAAUCAGAACUCUUUGAUGAACUUUCAGAAGACUUUGACCAAUCUAAAAGUAAAGAGAAACCAUCUAAACCAACUGAAAAAGUGAAAGGAUCUGAGGCUCCAGCCCCAAGCCCCGUGGGAGACACUGUAUCUCAGGCCUCACUGUGUAAUAUUCAGUCUGCACCACCCACAUCAGCACCACCCACGUCAGCCACUUCGAAGGGUGUUAUACCAGAUGAUGCUGUGGACCGCUUGGCUGGCAGCCUGGGGAAAAGGGAAGCUGAUCCUGAAGAUGGAAAACCUAUAGUGGAUAAAGUCAAGGAGAAAGCCAAAGAAGAAGACCGUGAAAAGCUUGGUGAAAAAGAAGAAACAAUUCCUCCCAAUUACAGACUUGAAGAGACCAAGGAUAAAAAUGGAAAACCACUCCUGCCUAAAGAGCCCAAGCAAGAGCUGGCACCCAUGAGUGAUGACCUCCUACUGGACGCUCUGUCUAAGGACUUCGCUGGUCCCCAAAACACGAAAAGCUUGAAAUUUGAUGAUGCCAAACUUGCUGCUGUGAUUUCUGACGUAGUUUUGGAAACUGCAGCUUCAACUACCCAAUCUGUGCACCCUCCCCCAAAGGCUCCGCAAAGUGACAACAAAGCGCUUGAUGAUGCUCUGGAUCAGCUCUCUGACAGCCUAGGACAAAGACAGCCUGACCCGGAUGAGAGCAAGCCAAUGGAGGACAAAGUAGAGGAGAGACCAAAGGCUGAGCAUCAAGACAAGCUAGGAGAGAGAGAGGACACCAUUCCACCUGAAUACAGACAUCUCCUAGAUAACGAUGAGCAGGGCAAAUCAGGGAAGCCAUCUGCAAAGAAACCCAAGGAAUCAACAAAGCCUGCAAGUGGCCAGGAUCCCACUGAUGCCCUUUCAGAAGAUUUCAACAACUGUGCUUCAACCACAGAAACCCCACAAAAGGCCACAAAGAGCAAAGGCAAGAAGACGGAUUCCAGUGGAAAAACACACAAGAAUGGAGGGAAAUCAAAGGAAUCGUCUAAGGCAAAGGAGGGAGCUUCCAAGUCAAAAGGGGUUGAAAAAAAUUCAAGUUAA